AUGGGGUUGAGAGCCCGUGCAGGUGCCCGCACCCCAGGGAACUCCUGCUACCACGGGGAAGGACGAUCAGAAGGGAGGAAACCCGGUCACAGGGAAAAGGGCGCCCAGGAGAACUGGACUUCUCCCAGCUCCUGCGCGCUCAACCUCGAGGCCAAGACGAUGGCUUUUGCUACUGGGACCCCAAAGAGAAUCCGCGAAACAGAGAAAGGGAAGCCCCACAUCACUUCUCCCUAUCCCAAGUCCUCAUACCCACCCCGCCCCCGCCUCCUCUUCCUCCCCCAUCCCCCGCGCUCCCGCCUCCUGCAACGCGCGUCCGACCGGGAGGGGGCGUCGCGGGGCGCGGGGUGGGAACGCGUUAUAAGGCGCGGCACCGGCGGGCUGGCCAGCCGUGGGGACUACCAAGGGGACGCCACCACCCGCAUGGCCCUGCGCCGCCCACCCGCCGGAGCGCGGCCGCUGCUCGUGUGCGGUCUCCUGGUCGCUAUCGCCGCGGGCCUCGGGUCCCCGCCGCCCGGGAACGAGCUUCCCGCCGGCCCCGGUGACAGCCGCGUGCGGCCGGAGGCCACCACGGAGCGGGUGCAUGGCAUUGACCCUCGCGACACCUGGAUGCUUUUCGUCCAACAAAGUGACAAAGGCACCAAUGGCAAGAAGAGGAACAGAGGCCAGGCCAAGAGGCUGAGGCUCGGCCUGCCAGGACCCCCUGGACCCCCUGGACCUCAAGGCCCCCCAGGCCCCAUCAUACCCCCCGAGGUGCUGCUGAGGGAGUUCCAGCUGCUGCUGAAAGGCGCGGUGCGGCAGCGGGAGCGUGCGGAACUGGAGCCCUGCACGCGCGACCCCGACUCCACCACCACGGCCGCGGAGGAGCUGGAGGAAAGAGAGGCGGCCGGCCUCCUGGCCCUGCUGACCGCACCCCUGGGCCCCGGGCCACCGCGCGUCGCCGCCGCCUUCCACGGACGCCUGCGCAGGGAUACGCAGCUGGAGCGGCGCUCGCUGCAUGAGCUCAGCCUCUACCACGUGCCCGACGCCGAGGGCGCCUUCCGCCGCGGCCCCGGCCUGAACCUGACCAGCGGUCAGUACACAGCGCCAGUAUCCGGUUUCUACGCCUUCGCCGCCGCGCUGCACCUUGCCAUUCCAGAGCCACCGAGGCGGGGCCCACCACGCGCCCGGGAUCACCUGCGCUUGCUCAUCUGCAUCCAGUCCCGGUGCCAGCACAACGUCUCCCUGGAGACCAUCACAGGGCUGGAAUGCCGGAGUGACCGCUUCACCAUCACCCUCAAUGGUGUCCUCUAUCUGCAGGCUGGGCAGUAUGCCUCUGUCUUUGUGGACAACUCCAGCGGCUCCUCCCUCACCGUGCGCAGCGGUUCCCGCUUCAGCGCGAUCCUCCUCGGCGUGUGA